GUAGCUUUCAGCAGCCCAAUUCUAAUAAUGCUUGUAAGAUGUCAUAGCGAUACGAUACCGAUCUGUCAGUGUCAAAAGUAACAUUUCUUCAACCGAAACGUCACUUUUGACUCUGACGUGUCCAAUCUAUAUCGUAUCUGUGGGAAAUUUUUACGUAUCUUAAAGUUCGAAUUGGGCCGCAUCUAUUUGAUUUAAAUCUAAGAUGACCUCGUUGAUGAUUGCAAGCGAUUAAAUUAUCUCUACUCGUAGCUUGUUAUGUUGUUUUCAUUAGACGAUUCACACAUUGACAUCACGUCAGUUUGUUGUGAUGGACGUAACUCCGCCGCAAUAACACCCCUCGUGUUAUAUGUUUGACGCUAAUGUCUGUCUGUCUGUGUCUCUCCAACCCAUGGGCCGAUUUCGAUGGGGUUUUAUUUACAUGAAAACGAGUUUUCUUGCGGAGGUUCUUAGCUAGUUCUUAAAUAGAAAUCGAUCUAACAGUAUGAAGAGUAAGGCAUUUUUGGCAUAAUAUGGAUUUUGUUGGCAUAUAUAUCGUAUAGGGGUGUUUUUUAAAGGUGUGUCCAAGCCAGAUAUGCAUGUUUGCUCAACGUGCGCGGUUUAUGCAAGUAUGUUUGGAAACAAAUUAUCAACGCACACUGAUCUUACUUGUAUAUGUUACGGGUAAUUAACAUUAUUCAAGAUUAUCCUGGUAUAACUAGUAUAACCCAAGCUUUUGAGUUUAAUUAACAUUCUAACAUUUAGGUACCCGUAACAUAUACAUUGUAAAAGAUAAAAAUGUCUAAUUACUACAACUCAUGAAAGGUACAGCGAGAUGCAAACUUUCAUGAAUACAUCAUGGAUGAACUCAUGCUGGGUGUACUUAACCUUUUGAACGCCUUAUUUGGUGUAUUCGACGUCUCAUUAGGUGCAGUUGACGUCUUAUUUGGCAGUCAAAGGGUUAAAGGUGUGUUCAAAUUUAACAAAUGCACCGUGAGGACGCACUUGUUCACUUCAGAUUGUGCGAUUGAAUGAACUAAGUACGAAUUAUAAACUACUAAUACAAAUUGUCGCUCCGCUUUGUCACACGCAGUACGCUAUAGGGGGCCUAGCCAAGAUUACAAUCGUUUGCGUGUUAUUGAACGAAACGCUAUGUCACUGUUGCACUAAUAUGAAAGAGUGAUAGAAAGAUAGCGUUUUGUUCGCUACGCCGCAAAUGGUUGGCAUCUUACUUAGGCCCCCAGAGCGCGGUGUCAAUGUGAGAGUAGCCUUAUCUCAAUUAUCCUUUUUACGGGCAUCUUUAUCAGUAACACCAUAUAAUGUCACUGAAGAUAACGUUAAUUGUGACUCAAUUGGAACAUUUAAUACAAUUCGUAGUGAUGAUCUUAGUUUUGUUAUAAAAAUGUGUUCUGGGUCGAAAUGGAUCACUCCUUUUACCAAGCAGUGUUUCGUGACCUCAGGGGUGUCCAUGAACCUGAUGUCCCACGGCCUCGUGGUCGGCUUCACGUCCGUGCUGUUGCCUCAGCUUCAGGCCUCCGGGUUCAUUACUCUUGAUGCUGUCUCUGGAUCAUGGAUUGCAUCCAUCAUUAGCAUCGCCCUGGUUGCCGGGGCCCUGACGCUGCCAUUCAUCAUGAACAGCCUCGGCCGUAGGGCUGCCAAUAUCAUCAGCGUCAGCUUUAUGAUCACCGGCUGGUUCUGCAUCCUCUUCGCCACCAGCGUGGCAACUCUGAUCAUCGCUCGUUUCCUUCAGGGCUUCUCCAUGGGACUCUCUGCUUCCUUGUGUUCUGUUUUAAUCGGCGAAUACACCAGCCCAAAGAAUCGAGGAGCUUUCUUGACAACUAUAUCAUUCGCUAUCGCAUGUGGAACUCUAAUUACUCAUGCUCUUGGUUCAUAUUUUACCUGGGAAGUGAUAGCUCUCGUAUGCGCUCUGAUAACGUUUGUUAAUUUAAUGAUACUGAUACAUUCCCCAGAAUCUCCAAGCUAUUUAGUUUCGAAAGGAAGAUAUGAUGAAUGUAGAAAAACAUUUCACUGGUUAAGAGGCUAUGACGAAGAUGAAGAACUAGAAAAGAUGAUCAAAACACAUAUGUCGAAUGAAUUAAAAAACGUUGAAAAACAAAAGAUUGAAAACAAAUUUCAAUAUUACAGGAAAGUUUUCAGAAAAAAGGAGUUUUACAAGCCAUUGAUUUUGGUAAUGCACUUAUACAUGAUUGGGCAAUGGUCUGGCGCUAAUAUCCUGGCAGCAUACACUCAGGAAAUAUUCCAUACGAUCAUUGGAAAGGUCGAUGUGUCACUGAUGAUUAUCUCCAUGGACAUUCAGAGAAUCAUAUCAAACUUCUGUGCAGUAUUUGUUAUUCGAAGAUUUCGGAGAAGACCUAUGCUUAUCUCUACCAUUACUAUCAACUUCUUAUCAUUUUUGACUAUAGGUAUUUAUGCCUAUUUUAAGUCUAAAGGUCUUUUGCCUUAUGAUCAUCCUAUAAUAGGUAUAACGCUGAUCCAUAUACACAUGUUUUCUAUAGCUACUGGAUCAGUUCCACUGCCAAAUAUUAUAGCGGGUGAAGUAUUUCCUUUAGAAUACAAAGGUUUAGCAGGGACAUUAUCGGUACUGUUUCUGUCAUCAAAUCUUUUCAUCACGUUGAAAUGUAACUCAUUCUUUUUCAAUAAUUUGGGUCUUCAUGGCACAUACUGGUUGUACUCUGGGAUGGUGGGGUACAGUUUGUUGGUGUCAUGGUGGAUGCUUCCAGAGACUAAAGAUAGGACACUUCAGGAUAUUGAGGAGGAGUUCCGCGGGACCCGCAAAGGUCAGUUGACCGAUGCUGACCCGAUAUUAAAUAAAGAAUUAAUGUUUAAAUGAAAUUAUAAGGAAUAUUUCAAAAACUGUAUACUGUGUGUGUGUAUGUGUGUGUGUGUGUGUGUGUGUUCUCAAUUCUGUCGUUUUUAGGGUUUCGUACCCAAAGGGUCAAACGGGACCCUAUUACUGAGACUCCGCUGUCCGUCCGUCCGACCGUCUGUCACCAGGCUGUAUCUCAUGAACCGUGAUAGUUAGCCAGUUGAAAUUUCUACUGAUUAUGUAUUUCUGUUGCCGCUAUAACAACAAAUACUAAAAACAAAAUAUAAUAAAUAUUUCUUUCCAAUCUCGAGGUUCUCAUCCAAUCACCAAAGCAACGUCGGGCGGGGUCAGUACUUGGAUGGGUGAUCGUUUUUAUAGAUAAUGGUACGGAACCCUUCCUGUUCGAGGCCCACUCGCACUUGGCCGGUUUUUGUUUCGUUUUUUUUAUGUUUGUUACUCCAUAACUCCGUCAUGUCUGAUUUCCAACCAUCACAGUACCUACUCGUACUAUCCAAAUUAUGCCACUGACUUAACGAAAAUGGAGGUCGCGCGCGAAAUCGCCUGUUCAUAUUAAACGUUCCUCAUUUUUCUUUCUGGAUUAAUAUCCAGAGAGAAAAAUGAAGAAUUUUUAAUAAUGUUAAUACAUUAUUGAAAAUUGUUGGACACAAAUGGUUUUAUAUCAACCACAGCUAUGCGCCUACGUUGAUUUUUUUCGAAUUUUGAAUUAUUAUAAGAGUUAGGAGCAUUUAAAAAUUUGUAUGAAAGUUUUGCGCUCCUAUUUUUUACAUUAAUCAAAAAAUCUAAAAAAGUCAAACGUAGAGUCUUAGCUAUGAUUAAUGUAUAUCAAAUUAUGCAAAAAUAUUUUCCAUAAUGUCAAUAUCCAGAGAGGAAAAUGAGGACUACGUUUUUUCGGAGAAGCGCCCGUCCCCUUUCCUCUUAAAGGCAAAAGGCUAAAAUAAAAUAAUUUACAGUACAUAUGGGGCUACUUUAUAGCACUAGUGCGAGAAGUAGCAUAUUACGUUACUGUGUCGAACAUUUAAAGGGCCAUAUGUACUGUAAAACGUUGUACGAUACAUGUGCGAAUAGGUAAUUCGCAACUCGUGUCGAUUUAAAACACUCCCUUCGGUCGUGUUUUAAUUUAUCGCCACUUGUUUCAAAUUUCCUAUUUUUCGCACUUGUAUCGUAAUGUACUAUUACAGGGCUGUGACCGAACCCUUGAUAAUUAAAUCUAAUAAAAUUAACUAAUUCUCUAAUUAAAAUGACACAAAUCAAAUAAUUUGUUAAGUUCUCUACUUAAAAUAUAAAAUUCAAACCUGUACCCCUAGUGUAAAUCUAUUCGAUAGCGAAACGUGACGUACGCGUUAAGUCUCAUUUUGUAUGGGAUUUUGAGUUUUCAAAACGUUCCGCUUGGCGCGCUGUUUCUAGAUCCCAUACUAAAUGAGACUUAACGCGUACGUCGCGUCACGAAAUCGAAUAUAUUUACACUAGGGGCUCUGUUUUCGUUACAAGUAUGGAAGGUAGAGGCAAGGAACAGAAUCUCCAUAUACCAAAAAGUGUCCAACAAAAAACCAUAAAAAGGUGGCGCUAAAAUACCUAGAAUACUUGAGAAAUUAAUCUAAUCAUAGGCAGCGCACUUCACUCCAUCAAUAACGCCUAGGUUCUUAGCUACUCUAGCGCUACUCUGGAGAGAUUUGGAACUAUUAUUUAUAGCCGACAGCUGGAUACUUUUACAUCAGUUCUGCCUAUGGAGAUUGCAUUCCUUACCUCUACCUUCCAUGGUUACAAGAAUAGGCCCUCGACGUGACAGGAAUGGCCCGUCAAAUAUUGGGGUAAGUGUGCCAAGGCUGCAUCUGCCAUAGUUAUUAACAGUUGUCAUAAUAAUUGGCAUUCUGAAUACUAAUUAGAUUUCGUCGAGCGACGAAAGGAGGGGAAUCUUUGUUGUAUACGGGUUUUUUAAACUGACAUCUAGCUUUUCGUGAUUGUUCGAUUUAAACGUUUAUUCUUUUGCGCGACUGCGCAGUACGAAUUUGGGUGUUGCCAUGCCAUGACACAGGCAAAGGAUUUCAAAAUUGAGAGCAUGAAUAAUGCUUGCACACAUUAAUACCUUACGGUGUACUCUAAUGUCUGUUUCUAUAAACAGGGGCCCAUUUCUCGAACGGUAUUAGACUAAUAUUAUUAGUUCACGAACUGUCAAAUCGUAUGAGUUACCAUGGCAACACACUAAUAAUAUUAGACUAAUAUCUUUCGAGAAAUGGGCCCCAGCAAUCGUAUUUAUAUGUCCUCGAAUUCCAGGUUUAAAAUUAACAAAAGGGUAAUGACGUCAUCAAAAUUACUGUCUCAUUUAGAACAAGUGUGGCAGGAGCGCAAACUGGGCUUCACACACGCUGCACACAUACAAGUGUUAAUAAAAGAGAAUAGUUAUUUGUACAACAAGAGAGCAAAGUUUGAUAUUUCUUCGAGUGCUUGUUUUGAGUCCCGUGCAAGCGAAAGAUUCUAUAAUAGAUUCACGAGCGUAGCGAGUGAAUCUAAUUUAGAAUCUUGAGCGUAGUGAGGGACUCAAAAGCGUACGAGAUGUAAAUAACUUUGAUCUCGUGUAGUACACAAAAAUUUUCACGUCAGUCAGCCAUCAAAAAAUACAACCUGAAAAAAUGUAAUCCGUCUUCACCACUAUUUCACUCAUGUUUUCUGAAGGUAUUCUAACAAUUAAUUUUAAUUACCGCAAUAAAACAAAACGAAAGACAUUUCAAUAAAAUGAUACGAAAAUAAUGAAUUAACGAACAUCAGUUGACAAUUCAAUCGUCAACUUUUUUUUGUUAAAAAAAACUUUGUAAGAUACGGUCCGAAUUGCGGAUACUACUAUUUGUCAACUAUAGUAGAGAUCGUUAAAAGUCGUUAAGUAGAAUUAUUUACUGCGUAACAAUUGCGUAAAUUUGUAUAAGUACAUUGUUUUGAUUGUAUAAUAAAAUACGUAAAAUAUGGUAUUUUUAUUAAA